AUGAUUCAUGAUGAUGAUAAUAGCGAUGUUUGGUGCUGCAAUCGAUCAAUUUAUCAUCUUCAACUGUUUAUGCUAAUCCUUUACAUAUGCAAAUUUAAUGCUUUAACUAUUGAUGAUAUCAACAAUGAGGAUAUAAUGAAUAAAUGGGGACAUCGUACACAUUGCUCAUGGCAUUCAAGUGGUGGAAUUGAUGAUAAAAUUAUUCAAAAAGUAAAUUUAUCAUGUAGCAGUGGUUACGUACAAUGGAAUGAUCCAAUUGGUGGAAUGCAUGUUCGAUUUUUAAUGAAAGAUACAAAUGACGAAAGAAUUUGUCUUCGAAUUCGUUUUAUACCAUCUUAUAAAAUUUCAUAUUAUAUAUCAGAUGGUAACAAUCAUCAUUUAUUGAAUGCAAUGAAAGAAUUUCAAAAAUGCAUGAAUGUUAAAAUAGAUAUAUUAAUUUUUAUCGAAACUUAUAAAAUGCAAAUUUGGAAACAACGAGCUGCCGGUUUUCGAUAUGAAAUUUUACCGGAAACAUUAAUUGUAAAUGAAAAAACACAAUGUGACAUUUGCUCAAACAUCGAUAUUAUAAAUGCAUUUUGUAACAAUGCUGAUUUUGGUCACCAAAGUAAUGCAAAUGAUCGUAUACUAAUUGAUAAAAUAUUACGAAAGCCGUUACAUCAUCAUCAAAUUGUGGAAAGAAAAAGUAAUGAGAGUAUUUUGAAAGCGCCAAUUACUGGUUGUUUGUACAAAAAAAAUGAAAUUAGCCAUCGAAUUUACAUCGCUAAAAUGGAAUUUGAUACGGUACACAUUAUUUGUUCACCAACUAUUUCUCAUUAUGCGCAAAUUGCUCAUGAACAAUCUGAAAAUGCGCCUUGUCAAUUGUUGUAAUAGCGUAAGAUGGAUAAGCU